AUGCUUCACACCAUCUCGAGCCAGCAGACUUAUGCGGUUAUCGUUGAGGUUCACUGUCCGACGAAAGAUCUCACUAUUCAAGACUUCUUAAUUACUCCUUCCGCUGCACAUAAAGACAUCGUCGAGAGCAUCAGAGUCCGGUUCAAAGACGAUUUUAACGUCGAUCUGGAAGGUAUUUGGCCCUGCGAUAUAAACGGCGAGCCAAUCCGCACCAGUGAACCUGGUGAACUGAUCGACGGUAUCGAGAUUGACGGUGACCCGGUUUACAACUUUGAAAACGUUCAAAAUGGUGAGCGUAUCAUAGUACGAGUUCGUAGGGAUGAGCUGAUUACUCCCGAGAUAAAGCAUGAGACAAUGUUGUAUCUGGGGAACGACAUGGGACGAGAUAUCUUCCAGGCCAUGAGCCGUCAAGACAGUCGUAAUCACGUCCGAGUGUUGCGUCGCUCGGAAGCUGUCCAACGCAAGAACAUCAUUCGCCUUACCUCACCUUACACGAAAGUCGCUUCGGAAUUGGCCAAAGCUCGCUACCCCAUCUCGCUAUCAACCCGGAUCAUCGAGGAGAACUGGAAGAUAGCUCAGGUGAACCCUCUCGACCGAAAUUGCCUGGGUGCGUUGGCGAUCCUCAGCCAGGCGACAUGUGGUCAGCCGUGGGUGGUCGAGCAUCUUCUGAUGGCGGAGCUUCUGAGUAGAUCGACGGGUGAGCGGAAGUUGCAAGAGAGCAAUGUUCUGACGGUCAUCGAGAUUCUGUACAGGGAAGCGAACGCUAUCUUAUCGACGUGGGAGUAA